AAUUUUUGGCGUUCAAGCGUCCUUACUUUAUCCAAAUUCAAAUUUUCGCGAAAAGUGGCAAAUUGUCUAUUAUUUAUUCUAAUUUUAAAAAGGUAUAUAAGAAGGAAAUUAGUGCCUAAACUUUCAUUCCUUCAAAAAAAUUUUUCUCAGAUAUCGACUUUAACAAUGACCGCUUAUUAUUUCUCUUACUCCUCGUUUGAAUCGAUUGUUAUUUCAUUGCUAGUGGUUAUGUUCAUUCAAUUACUGGUAAUAAUUGGAUUACUUGUCGACAUUAUUAAGGUUAAUGCUGACAUUAUUAAGAGACUUGACGACCUGGAAGACCACUCCAUUUGGGUGCAGGAUCAAGUGAUAAGGUUGAGGAAUGGUGUGACAUGGUUGGUGGAUGAAGUUCGUUUCUUGGAUGAUAGUAUUGACUGGUUGACGGAUCGUAUUGACUGGUUGACGGAUCGUAUGGACCUUGGCGUUGCUGCUGUAUUCAAUCUACUUGCACGAGUUCGAUGGUUGGAAGACCGAGUUUUGCGGUUGGAAUUUUUUGCUCGUAGAAGAAGUUCAAGAGGAACAAGAGAAUCAACAGGAGGGAGUCAAUGGAGGUCUGGUUCUCUUUAACGGCCAUGGAGAGGACGUGAACAUUCGACGCCGCCGCCGUA